UUUUAGAGUCUAGUUUAGGAUGGACAAACAUGGGGAGUGGGUAGAUAAAAGGGCAAUGAUAGUUGCUCACGCGUGAAAGGUUGAGCAAGAAAAAGGAAAUGUAACAUAAAAAAGUCUUUUCCUUGCGUGAAUAUAUAUAACAACUUCAAUGGGGUCACCGAUCAUCCCUCCAAAGACGACUGCGCCGUUCUCUCUCCUCCACAAGAAAAAACACACACAGAUUGGGAUAGAAAAUUGUAUGUGAGACUGAUUGGUAAGGAAUCGAGAUUCGAAUCGACGUGUGAGAGGAAAAAAAGGGAGAGAGAGAGUGAGGCUUGCUCCCUUUUUUUUUAGUGUGUGUGUGUGUGUUUUGUGUGAGUUAAAUUAUAUGGGUGGAGGGGCGUUCAUGGAUGGGGUUCGUCGUUGGUUCCAUCGUGGCCCAACAUCUGUCGCUCAUAACACUUCUUCUUCUUUAGCUUCUUCCAGAUUUAGUAAUGACAAUGAGCCACACUCGGAUUCUGUUACUCUGAGGGAAAAACAAGGACAAGAGGGAAGUUUGAUGAUCGUUGAGGACUUAGAUAUCUCGGGCCUCAAGUUAAUUAAAGUCCCUAAGCGGGUUUAUUUCCCUGUUCCGCUUUCAUCAAUGGAUUCCCAGAAAAAGAAUAAUCUGGAAACUGAGUUCUUCACGGAGUAUGGAGAGGCAAAUAGGUAUGAGGUUCAAGAAGUUGUUGGAAAAGGUAGUUACGGUGUUGUGGGUUCUGCAGUAGAUACCCACACUGGAGAAAGAGUCGCCAUAAAGAAGAUCAAUGACGUGUUCGAGCACGUUUCUGAUGCCACACGAAUUCUUAGGGAAAUCAAGCUCCUUCGGCUGCUUCGGCAUCCGGAUAUUGUCGAGAUCAAGCAUAUAAUGCUCCCACCUUCAAGGAGAGAAUUUAGGGAUAUCUAUGUUGUUUUUGAAUUGAUGGAAUCUGAUCUUCACCAAGUAAUCAAGGCAAAUGAUGACCUAACACCAGAGCAUUAUCAAUUUUUCUUGUAUCAGCUUUUGCGCGGAUUAAAGUAUAUUCAUACAGCAAAUGUGUUUCACAGAGAUUUGAAGCCAAAGAAUAUACUUGCUAAUGCCGACUGCAAGUUGAAGAUUUGUGAUUUUGGUCUGGCACGUGUGUCGUUCAAUGAUGCCCCAUCUGCAAUAUUCUGGACUGAUUAUGUUGCAACUCGGUGGUACCGUGCUCCUGAGCUGUGCGGUUCCUUUUUCUCUAAAUACACUCCUGCUAUUGAUAUUUGGAGCAUCGGGUGCAUAUUUGCUGAGAUGCUCUCAGGCAAGCCAUUGUUCCCUGGGAAAAAUGUGGUCCACCAGUUAGAUCUAAUGACGGAUUUGCUCGGCACACCGCCUCCUGAAGCUAUCGCAAGGAUCAGAAAUGAAAAGGCAAGAAGAUACCUCAGCAGCAUGCGCAAGAAACCUCCUAUCCCGUUUACUCAGAAAUUUCCAAAUGUCGAUCCUAUGGCUUUACGCUUAUUGGAGAAGCUACUUGCUUUUGAUCCAAAAGAUAGACCAACUGCUGAAGAAGCGCUGGCUGAUCCGUACUUUCACGGGCUAGCAAAUGUGGACCGCGAGCCGUCCACUCAGCCCAUCUCAAAACUUGAGUUUGAGUUCGAGAGGAGAAAACUAAUGAAAGAUGAUGUUAGGGAGCUUAUUUAUAGGGAGAUUCUAGAGUAUCAUCCUCAGAUGCUUCAGGAGUAUCUUCGUGGUGGAGAUCAGACUAGUGGCUUUAUGUACCCAAGUGGAGUUGAUCGGUUCAAGCGGCAGUUUGCCCAUUUAGAAGAACACUAUGGCAAAGGUGAAAGAGGCACUCCUCCUCUACAAAGGCAGCAUGCCUCAUUGCCUAGAGAGCGGGUCCCAGCUCCCAAAGAAGAAGUUAAGGAUAGUGACUUUGAAAAGCGACUUGCGACAACUCUUGAGAGUCCCCCACGUGAGGUUGUUGAAGGUUCUGAUAACGCAAAUGCAAAUGGACAGCAAAAGGGAAACUACAGUGCUCGUAGCCUGCUAAAGAGUGCAAGCAUCAGUGCUUCUAAGUGUAUAGGUGUCAAAGAGAAAAGAGAUACAGAGCAAGACCCGAUAGAAGAGCAUAAUGAAGAAAUUGAUGGGUUGACAGACAAAGUAGCGGUGCUCCACGCUUGAUCUCUAUAAUAUCCAUUCUUAAACCUUUUUGGGUCAUUUUUCACUGCCAUUGUUUGGGCCCUUAGAUCGGACUUAAAUGGCAGCCAUUUUGUAGUAUUUCGAAAAUUUGGGUAGGAGAAUACUGCUGGAACGGCUUUUAUGUGAGUUGUGCAGUUGCUUUGGUCCAUCUUUAACUAAUGGUAUUUUCCAGAUUUUCCAUCUUUUCCUUCGAAGUUAUUGUGUAUUAUUUAUCAAUGCACCUAAGGUACGGUGUUGGGUUGUAUGAGAAUUGAGAUGAUGUGUGUAUGUAUGUUGUGGCCCUUAAUUCCAUAGGAAGCUUUUGCUGUGUCCGGUUGUGGAUUCUCUCCAUUUGCUGUGUUAGAUUGUUCUUCAGAAAUGGGAAAUAGGGUUUUGCUGAAAGAU